AUGGGUGGUAGUGGAACUGGAAGUCGUAGUGAAGCCAACAUUAGUCAAACGAGUGGUAGUAGUAGCACUGCUCAGUCUUCAGGUCUGCACCAUCUUUCAACCCUCGGCAAAAAGGUUGCUGACGCAGAAAUUUUGUGGACAUUGAAAAGUGUUCAUUCACAUUUUUCCGCACAUGCAAACAUGGGUAUGAAUGAUUUAUUCCAACAUAUGUUUACUGAUAGUGAAAUUGCUCAAGCAUAUUCACUGAGCGAGUCAAAAUUUAGAUACAUGACAACAUUUGGACUUGGUCCGUAUUUUUCCAAGAAACUUGUGGAAGACAUAAACAAAUCCACCACCCAUUCUGUUUUAUUCAAUGAGUCCCUUAAUGAACAUCUCCAGAAUAAACAAUUUGAUGUUUAUGUGCGCUAUUGGUCUGAUGAAAGCUGCAAGGUAGAUUCUCAUUACCUUGCGUCACUAUUCAUAGGACAUGGUAGAGCUGCUGACCUACUCAAUCACUAUGAAGAUGCUACCAAAGAUCUUGAGCCAAACAAGACCUGGCACGUUGGUAUGGAUGGUCCUAAUGUAAACCUUGCAUUUGAAAGAGAGUUAAAGAAAUCUCGUGAAGAGAUGGGCCUACCACCCUUGUUGUCACUGGGAACAUGUGGAUUGCACACUGUUUACAGGGCAUUUCAGACUGAUGCAAAAGAGACUAACUGGAAUUUAGACAGGUAAUGUUAGAAUUAUGUAGUCAACUUUUAAAAACAACGUAGCUGAACAUCUUUUUACUGUGUUUAAAGACCGUGCAUGUAAAGUCCGUUCUGCGCAGGCCUACAUUCCAAUGAUGAGGACCUCACCAUUGGAAUGUUGAUAAUAUUUAGUAUGUUUCGAACUUUCUUGAAUUGAAACUCUAGCUUGUAUAUGAUUAUAACCAUUGCGAACCAGAAAAAUGUUAAUAAAUCCAGCAUAAUAUAUGUGUAAUCAUAUUUUACAAAUAUAGCACUGAGUUCAAAAUGUAAACAAAAUGUUUGUUUACAUUACGGACUUUACAUGGCCUUUAAGUCGAUAUUUUAAACUAUUUAAAGCUAUUUAAAGACUCGCCAGCUAGACGUGAAGACUUCAUAACCUACACUGGAGUGGACAUAUUUCCAUCAAAGUUUUACAACCACAGGUAGGUUUCAGCUAAUUUUAAGCAACACGUAUAUUACGUUGUUUUAUCCUAUUUCUUAAUGUCAUAUUCAAUAAUAUCUGAACUAACAGGUGGCUGGAGAACCUUCCUGCUGCUACUAAGUCGUUGACCCUCCUCCCAAAUAUGAAGGAGUACUGUGCUCAAGCCAUUACCCACAAGACAGAACCCAAGAAACAUGAAGGGUACAACAUUGUGAAAAAGGCAGUUACAGCAGACAAAUUUCUCAAAGCCAAACACCACUUCUGGAUCUCUUUGGCUCAAGAUUUCCAACCCUUUCUCCAGGUUUACCAGUGUGAAAGACUUAUGAUACCAUUCCUUGCAUCUGAUCUUGAGAAAUUGCUCAGGGCAGUGAUGGCUAGAUUUGUGAAGAGGGAUGUGAUGCAAUCUGCCACUGGUUAUUAUCUCAAGUUAGUAAAGGUAACUAAUAUUAUAUACUUUAUUAUUAUAGAUUUGUGGUAUAUAAGUUGACAUAGGUUUUAAAACGUUUGGGCCCUAUCAGUUGUUCCUCAUAAAGUCGAACAAAAUGAUGUUAUUAAGGUGGAUGUGUCCUCAAGUGAGCAGGCAGUAAGCAGCAAUCAGGUUGAUGUUGGUAUUGUUACAAAGAGGGAGUUAGCAAGCUGAAAGAGGAAAAGGAAAUUUCGCAGAGAGAGAAGCUAGAAUUUGAUAUGAGCUGCAAAGCAUUCCUUUGCCGUACCACAGGAAAACCACUUGAGAAAUGUCCGUUGAAGUUUGCAGUUGUGAGGCACCUUAGAUGUCUCGAUCCUCGAGUCAUGGCAGGACAGAUUGAAACUUCAGUAAAGUUAUUUGAAAGGCUCCUGACAUGUCUCAUUGAUAAUCAAAGGGUACGAGAAGAUGGUGCAGACGUGUUGAAGAAGCAGUAUUCAUCAUUUGUUACUGAAGUUGUUCAUGGAAAUGCAGCCAACUUACUUCUGUUCCAGAAGUAUGAUCGAGUAAAAGAUGAACGCAUUGACUCCUUUCUUGCUGCAUAUCUGAAAGAAAGUUCAUACAAGCAAUUAUGGGAACUAGUAAAGUGCCUUCUCGUUGUUUCUCAUGGUCAGGCUGGUGUAGAGAGGGGAUUCAGCGUUAAUAAUGAAAUCAUGGCAUACAACUUUAAGGAAAGAUCAGUUGUUGCCUUGAGAGUAAUUUACGACCACGUUCAAAGCUGUGGGAGCAGUUCUGAACGUCAAGAUUGACCAAGAACUUAGAAAUGCAGCAAAGAAUGCAUCAUCACGGUAUAAGGCUGAGUUGAAGAAGCAACAAGAAGACGAAAAGCGUAUGAUUAAAGAAGAUGAAAACAAGGCGAUCAAUGAUGAAAUAUUUUCCCUCAAACGGAAAAGGAAACAUUUGUUAGAAGAUUGUUGCACCCUUCGUUCCAGCUCAGAGAAGCUAAUGGAUCUCGCUGAGAAGGAGCAAAAGAUGAUUCAUGUCACAGAGGCUAAUAGUUACAGGCAUACAAUAAAAAGCAUGGAAAAUGAAGCUGAGCAGGUUCAUGAAAAAGUAGAACAAUUAAAAAAGAAACUUAAAAAAUUACGUUACUUGACAAGUAUACUCGGCUACCGUGUACAGUUUAACUGUAACCAUGCAAGAACUGUUCAAAGACUCGAAUAA